AUGCACCCCGGCAGCCUGGGCCAAGCCGCCCUGCGACUGGCUUCCCACGCUGGGAGAGCCUGCGGCCAUCACCCGGGGUGCCCGCACCCGCACCUCCUGGCAGUCCAACUUGCCUCAAACUCUCCCCGUGACAUGCGCGUGGGCUUAUUAGCGAGGCAUCUACAAAAAGAGGCGCAGUCUCAGCACAACAACUCGGAAUUCACAGAAGAUCAAAAGAAAACCAUAGCUAAAAUUGCAACAUGCUUGGAACUGAGAAGUGCAGCUUUACAGUCCACCCAAUCACAGGAUGAAUUUAAGCUUGAGGAUCUGAAGAAGUUGGAACCAAUCUUAAAGAAUAUCCUCACUUACAAUAAGGAGUUUCCUUUUGAUGUUCAGCCUGUCCCACUCAGGAAGAUUUUAGCACCUGGAGAAGAGGAACACUUGGAGUUUGAGGAGGAUGAUGAGGAAGGAGGAGCUGGAGCAGGGUCUCCAGACUCUUUUCCUGCUAGAGUUCCAGGUACUUUAUUACCCAGAUUGCCAUCUGAACCCGGGAUGACAUUACUCACCAUCAACAUAGAGAAAAUUGGUCUGAAAGAUGCUGGGCAGUGCAUUGAUCCUUACAUCACAGUCAGUGUAAAGGAUUUGAAUGGGAUAGAUCUGACUCCUGUGCAAGAUACUCCUGUGGCUUUGAGGAAGGAGGACACGUAUGUCCAUUUCAAUGUGGACAUCGAGAUUCAGAAACAUGUUGAGAAACUAACAAAAGGUGCAGCUAUUUUCUUUGAAUUCAAACACUACAAGCCUAAGAAAAGGUUUACUAGCACCAAGUGCUUUGCUUUCAUGGAGAUGGAUGAAAUUAAACCUGGGGCAAUUGUUAUAGAACUGUACAAAAAGCCCACUGACUUUAAAAGGAAGAAAUUGCAACUGUUGACCAAGAAACCACUUUACCUUCACCUCCAUCAAACAUUGCACAAGGAAUGACCCUAGUUGUGAGACUUCUGUGAACUGAACCACGAGUCAUGGUAGCUGUGUGUAGUAGCCUUAGCCUUCGAGGGGCAGGAAGACGACUGUAUUCAUGCCAGUGGGUCAGACGGGACCAUCACGCACUGCACAGCACUACUUCAGGGUCAGAGGCAAGCCUACCAUUCAACUGCAAGUCUUUCUCAGUACUUUCCAGAUACAGGUUUUGUUUGAGAGCCCUGAAAUACGUUGACUGCUUUUCCUAAUUUUGCUGUUCAUCACUUUUUAUCUUAACCGUUCUUAUCCUUUUGCCUCAAACUCCACCCAAGGAUGGAGACUGCCCCUUUGCCAGACCUGUAGCAAUAAAGAUGUGGCAGGCCUACUAACCUGUUUACACUUGCUGUGCUGUUGUAGUUCCUCUCAUCUGCAUUUCGGAGUCCUCUGUAGCGGGCUGGGUGGCAGAAGACCGGGAGAAGGACGA